AUGGGUAAAACAACUCUAGCAAGAGUUGUUUACAAAAUGAUUUCCAAUCAAUUUGAAGCAUGUAGUUUUAUUUCUAAUGUCAGGGAAGUUUAUGAAAAAUAUGGCAUAGUUAAGUUACAACAAACACUUUUGAAUGAUCUUUUGAUUCUUAGAGACAUAAAAGUAAAAGAUGCUGAUGAUGGAGUUUCCAUGAUCAAGAAUAGGUUAUGUAACAAAAAUAUUCUUCUUGUUCUUGAUGAUAUAAAUGAAUUAGACCAAUUGAAUAAAUUAGUUGCGAAGCAUGAUUGGUUAGGCCCAGGUAGUAGAGUUAUCAUAACAACAAGAGAUGUGCAUUUGCUAAUGUCAUAUAAAGUACAUGAUAUAUAUGAGGUUGAAGGAUUGAGUAAUGAGGAAGCUCUUCAUCUUUUUAAUUCGAAAGCUUUUCAUGAAGAGCAUCCACUUGAAGAUUAUCUAGAGUUGUGCCAAGCCUUUGUAAAUUAUGCUAAUGGUCUUCCUUUAGCCAUUGAGGUUUUGGGUUCCUUUUUGUACAAUAGAAGAACGUUUGAAUGGAAAAGUGAAUUAGAUAGGCUUAAAGAAUUUCCUAAAAGAAAAAUUCUCAACGUACUUCAAUUAAGUUUUGACGAACUACAAGAAAUUGAGAAGGAAAUUUUCCUGCAUAUUGCAUUUUUCUCGAAUUAUAUAAAUCAAGAAACUAUUAUAGCAAUAUUAGAUCAUCUUGAGCUUUACCCUAAAAUUGGAUUAAGGGUUCUUAUUGAUAAAUCUCUCAUCAAAUUGCAAGAUGAUCAAUUGUGA